CUUUUCCUGUUAAGAAGAGUUGUGAUAAUGCUGGAGUCUAAUUAAAGGAUAUCAAGAGUUAAAAGUUGUUCCAUUUUCCUUAUGCGUUAGAAACCCCUGCCAACUAGUCCUCUAGGCUUUAAAUAUUGUUUUGACGGAUUGCAUUUUCAUUUCCAGUCACAAAGGAAGUAUUCUCCAUAGUCACACAUGAGCAGAUCUCCACCAGCUCACUGAAAGCCAGAUACAUUGUUCCAUGCAAGAAUGAAGCCUUUGCAGACUACUUUUUUUUUGUUUGUGUUUGUACCUUUGGUAAAUUCAGCACCACCUAUACAGCAAGAAUCACUCCAGUUUUAUGAGUAUGAUACAGAUGUUACCAUGGGAAGCCUGAUGCAACAAGAUUAUGAAAUGCAAUCCAAGGAUAUAAGAAAGGAUGGAACAAAUGUUUCUCUUGACACUUCCCUAAGACUGCAAGGGGAUGAAAGCGAACACAAUGUACCACCAACAAAGGAUACAAAUUUACCUACUUGUCUGCUCUGUGUGUGUUUAAGCGGAUCAGUGUACUGCGAGGAAAUAGACAUCGAAGCUGUACCCCCACUGCCAAAGGAAACAGCAUACCUUUAUGCACGGUUUAACAAAAUAAAAAGGAUAGCAGUCUCAGAUUUUGCUGACAUCACUACCUUGAGAAGAAUUGAUUUUAGUGGAAAUAGGAUAGAAGAAAUAGAAGAUGGAGCCUUUUCAAAGCUUUUGUUAUUGGAAGAACUUUCUCUUGCUGAAAAUCGACUUCUAAAACUUCCUGUUCUACCUCCCAAACUAACAACAUUUAAUGCAAACCAAAAUAGAAUCAAGAGCAGAGGAAUCAAAGCAAAUGCUUUCAAGAAGCUGACAAAUUUGGCCUACCUCUACUUAGGACAUAACGCACUGGAAUCUGUUCCCCUUAACUUACCGGAAAGUCUGCGUAUUCUUCAUCUGCAGUACAACAAUAUUACUACAGUCACCGAUGACACAUUCUGCAAAUCUAAUAACACACGUUACAUCCGCACACAUAUGGAUGAGAUAAGGAUGGAAGGCAAUCCGAUCCUCUUGGCAAAGCAUGUUAAUGCUUUUUCCUGCUUGAGAACACUGCCUGUAGGAACAUACUACUAG